CUGCAGUCGCUGCGCGGCGUCUCGCGCAACGACGUCGCCUGCACGCCCGCGGCGCCGCCGACGUUGCUCGCGAUCGCGUGCGUGGCGCCGGCCCUGACGGCGCUCGGCGGCGCCGCGUCCUGGGCCCCGCGCGCCGCGCUCGCCGAGGGGCUUUUGCUCGCGGCCGCGCCGGUGACGGUCGCGUUGUUAAUCGCGGCGGCCGCGGGCAACGCCGUCGAAGCGACGCCCUGGUGGGCGGUGGACGCCCUGCCGCGCGUCUCGGCGCGCGCCAAGCGUUUAUUAAUGACGGCGGUGCUCGUGGCCGCCGAAAUGCGCCUCUUCCCG